GCCUGACGUCGCCACCACCGCUUUGACAACACAGCCGUGUUGUGCGGUUGUUCACGCGUAGUUUAACAUUUGUAGGACAUAAUUUCCCAUUAAAUUGAAUUAUGACAGGAGAAGGUAGGACUCAUGACAAGGGUCAUUACAAUAGAGGACAUGACAGAGGCCAUGACAGGGGAGGUCAUUGGUCCUCGCGUAACAAGCAGCGAAAGCCUGAGGAUAAACGUCAGUCUGACGUGGACGAGUCCCUGCCAGUUGUCAAGAUGUUCAGGGCUUUUCAAGUGGAGCUGGACGAUCGCUACGACCGUUACGAGCGGCUCGUGAAACUGGGCCGCGAUGUGACCAUCGAGAGCAAGCGCAUCAUCUUCCUUCUUCAUCGCAUAAUGAAAGAUGAUCAAAAGGACAAGGUACUCGCUGAAGCUGACCAGAAGCUCUGCGAGCUCAGCAUGUUUACACUGAGAGAGAUUGCAAUGGAGCUGAGAGGACAGAGCUACUACUUGUACCUGAGGGCAUUUUCCCCAGGUAUUCAAGAGUACGUCGAAGCAGUGACCUACUUUCACUACAUCAAAGAUGGCCACCUGGUCAACUUGGAUGAGAUUCACAAGGCCCUGGUGUAUGUUGAACAGGCAGAGGCAGCCGAGAGCGAGAUGGCCGAUGAGCCCGUGUCAGAGACGCCACCCGGCAAGUUUUCUCUGGAAAUCACACCACUGGACUACAUGCUUGGCGUUGCUGAUCUGACGGGCGAACUGAUGCGCAAGUGCAUCAACGCGGUCGGCCAGGGUAACCUGGAGGAACCGUUCGUGCUGUGCCGUUUCCUGCGUGACGUGUACACGGGUUUCCUCGGCUUCGGGAACACCGCUGGUCGAGAGAUGAACCGCAAGGUGUGGACGCUCUUCCAGAGCGUUCGCAAAGUCGAGAACGCCUGCUACACCAUCAAGGUCCGCGGCUCAGAGAUGCCCAGUCACAUGCUUGCGGACAUGUUCAGUGCUCCAUUACCCGAGAAAGAAUCUCCAGACUGUGGUUGAUCCAAAAAAUCCACGCAUGUUGUGGAGCAACACUUCGUACUUUUUUUUUUUCUUUGUUGUUUGUGCGAGACACUGCCAUUCGAAUGUUGGACGGUAAUAAAGGGUAUUGCUCUGCGUG